AUGUCAUCAUGUAAUAAUAUUAAAUAUUUGAUUAUUAAUGCCGAUGAUUUUGGUUAUUGUCCAAAACGUGAUAAAGCUAUAAUUGAUUUAUUCAAACAAAAAUGUAUUUCAUCAACUAGUCUUCUUGUUAAUGGUUCUAAUGUUUAUCAAGCAUGUUUAUCUGCUAAAAUGGUUAAUCUACCAAUGGGUAUUCAUCUAAAUUUAACUGAAGGACGACCAGUAACAAAUAAUUUCAAUCGAAUAGAAUCUUUAAUUAAUUCUGAUGGUUUAAUGCAUGGAAAAAUAGGUUUACGUAAUGAAUUAGAAAAAGGAAAUAUUAAACAAGAACAUAUAGAAUAUGAAAUUGAAAUGCAAAUAAAUAAAUAUAAAGAAUUAAAUGAUAAUAGAUUACCAAGACAUAUCGAUGGACAUCAACAUAUUCAUGUUCAUCCGAUGAUUGUUGAAAGUAUAGCUCGAAUUGCUAGACAAUAUGGAAUAAAUUAUAUUCGUGCAUCUCAAGAUCAAAUGAUUCUAUCAUUUGAUACGGAUAAUUUAUUUUAUAAAGAAAUUGUUAAUCAAACAAAAUCUUGUUUAAAAAUAUUUGAUAAAUAUUCACUUAUUUAUCCGAAAUAUUUUUUUGGUAUGACAAUAAUGGGUCGAGAAUUUACAUUGAAUAAUAUUGAAAUAUGUUUAAAAAUUCUUGAACAAAAUCAAACGGAACAUAUUUUUGCUGAACUUAUGUGUCAUCCAGGUUAUCCAAGUGAUCCAUUGAUUGGUGGUUGUGGAACUGAACAACCUGAUGAAUUUUCACAAUCAAUUGAUCGACAAUAUGAAUUCGAUAUUUUAUCAAGCGAUUAUUUAAGAAAUUUAUUAGAAAAUUAUAAUGUCCGACUUAGUAUUUAUGAUGAGAUCUUUUGA